AUGCGUAUCCAGAUUCUGCCAUUAUUCUUAUACCAGAGAUGCUUCAUUGUUCAUGGGGAUUCCUUCGUGGAGCAAUAUCAAAAGGGCCAGUCACCUCAUGUCGCGUCCAUUCACCAUCCAUCUCGCACUUUUCCACUUCACCCGGAAGGGAUCAACAUCAGUAUUCUUGUCCGAUUGAUGCGGAGCCCCUCGAUCGCUACAGAAGAGGAAGCUAUCACCCAAUCUCAUUGGGGUGCUUUUUGGACAACGGGAGAUACAAGAUCCUACACAAAUUGGGAUGGGGAGGGUACUCGACAGUUUGGGCUGCGAGAGAUCGAACGAGAGCUAGACAUUCUGAAGAAGCUGAGAUCAGCGCCCGGCAGCUCUCAACAUGUCGUGCAUCUACUUGAUGAUUUCGAGCUAGAAGGACCGAACGGAACGCAUCGCUGCUUAGUUUCCGAGCUUUUGGGACCAAGUGUUCCCGACUUGAUAGAUGCUCGAUUCUCGGACGAGAGACUGCCCGGAAAACUUGCCAAGGCUAUUGUGAAGCAGGCCCUUUUAGGGCUUGACUUUCUACACGACCAGAAGAUUGCGCAUGGGGAUCUUCACACCCGCAACUUGGUGUUCACCAUAGCCCCUAAGGACAAUAUACCAGAGCAGGAUUUCAUCAAAAGAUUAGGUACACCAGACAUAGGACAUGUUCGCAGAAAAGACGGUUGCCAAUUAGAUCCUGGUAUCCCCGAAUACAUCGUCAGGCCUGCUAGGACACAUUCGUGUCCUUUGUCAGGCAGUAUCAAGAUAGUCGACUUUGGCGAGGCCUUCUCGCAGGAAAAUGUCCCACAAACCCUUCACACCCCGCUAAGCGUUCGGGCACCAGAGGUCAUCUUUGGGGGCCAAUUGGAUUAUCGGGUAGAUCUGUGGAGCCUGGGAUGCAUGCUAUCCGAGCUUUUUGUCGGCCAGCCACCAUUUGACAGCUUCCUGAUAACGCCCAAAAUCCUCGUGGGCCAGAUGCAGGAGAUGACAAAUGAAACACUGCCUGAGAACUGGCUAGACCAGUGGAGAAAGAUGAGCGGUGACUACAGCGGAGACAGUGCGGGACCUGGGCUACAGGACUGGCUGGAAGAGAUGUAUUUUGAUGGUGAGCGCAAAGCAGAUUUGACUGGCGAUGAUAUCGUCCAGCUAGGGCGUAUUAUCAGCAAGCUGCUGCAGUUCGAGCCGUCUGCGAGGGCAUCGGUGAAAGAGAUCGUGAACGAUCCUUGGCUUAGGGGUGAAGUAUGA